UCGUCAAUCACACACACAAGUGAAGCCAAAGUACAUUUUUAAAAAAGCUUCUUCUCUACACUUGUUUUCUAAAAUAUCGACUAGUCUCCUCGAAGGUGUGAAAAAGUACUUUGGGGGGGGACCUCGCUUUAGGCCCCGAGACUUUUUCGGUAACUCUUUUUUGUGUGUGUGUGUGUUGUGGUAGUCAUGCUCCGGCGCUGGAUUAGGCACGCGGUGGGGGGUAUCGCGGCCCUUCCGGAUCGCAGUGUCCCCUCCGCCAGCCCUGCCCUGCCGAAAGGGAUGCGCGGCAUGCACGGCAAACCCACCUCCGGGCAUAAGGUGCGCACGCAGCACAGCCGACGGUGGUGGAUGCAGUCCAAGGCGCGCCACCUCACCGCCACCCCGCACGAGGAGGCCCGCUCGCGUCCACACUUCCCAGGCUACACGGAGGACGUCGACCGGCCGAUGGUGGUGCCGGACGGGGUCUGUUGCAUGAACUGCGAUAAGGAAAUCAACACGGAGGAUGUGAAUAGCUUUGUGUGGGUACCCGCCGGUAACGCUCGCGUGCCGACGCCGGAGGGGUACUUCUUCCAUUUUCACUGCUUCAAGUGUUGGAACUGUAAGUACAGAAUCAUGCACAAUCAAUUUUACACUAAGGAUAACAAAGCGUGGUGCGUUCCGUGCGCCCUCGGCAGGGACAUUCGCGUUCCAACGCGGCGAUGGCACACGUCCUAUGUGAACACGCAUCGCACGGGAUCCCGUAUGACCGGGCAAUUUUUCCCACGGCAUAAGCACCAGAUGGAGUUUCUCUUUAAUCCGAAUGAAUAA